AUGAAUUGCCCGGUUAGGACCCACAUAAGACUCUUACAGAUCCCAUUUAAAGCCCAUCUGGGCAUCCACGGCUGGCCCCCAUGUGGAUCCAUGUUGCAAAGCCCACUUUGGACCCCUUUGGGCAGUCCAUCAGAACUGUUUCAGGCAAGAUCCCGAAGUCACAAGAUACCAGUGAAGGGUCAAAAAGAUUUUCUGCCUAAUGCUUCUGGGCAUCAGAGGACUCGACUACAGCAGAGUCUGGAUGAACACUGGACGCUGCUGCAGGAGGAGAGAGUCGAGAGACUGGGAAAUCUUGUGAGAGCUGUGUGUCUCCCUGAAGAAAGACAAGAGGAAUUGCAGUCACCAGCAGGGAAGUUUUGGCACUCCAUGGGUUUUUCAGAUAGAGGAAAGCAGUGCCUACAGGCUGAAGAGGCGCUCUACCUCAUGGAAUGUGGUAAUGUGCAGGUCUUCUACCGUGAUCUUCCCUUGUCCAUCCAGGAGGGAUAUGAACGAUUCCUCUCUUCCGAAACUCUGACUCUUCACCAGUAUCAGUGGGACUUCAAAAACCUCUCUUUCCCAAACCUGUGCUCACGGUCACGUUCGGCCUGUCUGGCAUCUCCGGACCCGAGCCUGCUCUUGGAGCUGGGCGACUGUCACAUGACUCGGUGUCUGAGAAGACUCAACGUGAAGGAAGAUAAUGUGUCACGUCCGUAAAGGGACUGCCAGAGAGAUCGAGAUCGCUACCACAGGGAUAUUAGUGAAGUUAUGGAGCGGAUCAACAUUAUCAAAUCUUCAAGCUGGGUGUUUCCAGGUAUAUAUUACUCACUAACAACCCCGGCUGACCAGUGGAAGAUUAGCUUUGAUGUUUACCAGCCGGACACGGUGGCCGAAUUUAAAAGACACCCCGGAAAGCCCUACAGCCGCAUGUGUGUGUGCAGUUUCGACGGUCCUGUACCUGAUCUGCGCAUCAUGAAGCAGUUGUCCUGCCAAAGUGGAGAUGUCCCAGUGACGUUUGCGGUGGUGGACCACGGAGACAUCUCCUUUUACUGCUUCAAGAACUUCAGACUGCCCUCUGAUGUGUAUUAA